AUGAGAGCGCCAUUUCAUAGAAGACAAACACGAGUCACUGGGCCUGUGACUUAUGACGAGGUUAGUGCUGCAAUAUUGUGGUCUCUUUUCUCUCACUGUACAAUUAAUGUUUUCCAAGGAUUCUGGUUUGCAAACCUAAUGAUCGGAGUCUUAGAAAUUAGAAUAUUAGUUGAAGUUCUCAUUGACACUGGUUUCGCUGACCUAGUUUCUAACCCAGAAUUACACAACACCAUUUCAGCAUUUGAGAACUUCGGGAAGACAUUCGAUGUGACCCAUAGAGCUGUCACUAAUAAUACAUUAUCUAACAACACAAUUAUCUUCCAAUCCCUCAAUAUCUACAAUCAAACUAUUGGCAUCAUUCUAUCUACCUCUAAUACCACUUCCACUUCUAUCUACCCGCACAAUGGCAUCGUCGAAUUCAGGGACUCCUCGCUUAGUGGUAUCAAUUGCACAACUUAUUUCUACAUCGGAGUUUCGUCCCGAAGGGUCGCUUUAAACUCAUUCUCUCCACAAACAGCAUUUGUUCUUCGACUCUCAGCGCCUUCAAUACCGAUUUGGUCGACGAAAACGACUUCGAAAAAGUUCUGA